AUGUCAAUUGAAAGAGAAGCUAUAUGGGCACCAUUGCCUAACACCACCAGAGCAGUGACAACACACUUAUCCUAUGAUAAAAAAUCAGAUAGAAUUGCAUCUGUUGAAAAUCCAGAAGAAUCCGUUCAAUUCACAAACCAUACUUAUAACACUUCAGUGGCAAAAUUUUCACCUUCAGGUUUUUAUAUUGCUUCAGGUGAUGAAUCUGGUAAUGUCAAGAUUUGGGAUACCGUAGGUGAAGAUUUAAUCGUUAAAGGUGAAUAUCAAAUCAUCAAUGGUCGUAUUAAUGAUAUUGCAUGGGAUGCUGAUUCUCAAAGAAUCAUCGCUGUGGGUAAUGGUAAAGAACGUUAUGGUCAUGCAUUCACUUGGGAUUCUGGUAAUACCGUUGGUGAAAUUUCUGGUCAUAGUGCACAAAUUAAUGCCGUUACUAUUAAACCAAAUAGACCUUAUAGAGCUGCUACUGUGGGUGAUGAUUCUUCAUUGGUUUUCUUUCAAGGCCCACCUUUCAGAUUUGAUUCAAGUUCAAGAGGUAAUCAUACAAAUUUUGUUAGAGAUGUUAAGUAUUCACCAAAUGGGGAAUUUUUGGUAAGUGUUGGUGCUGAUAGAAAUAUUGUUGUUUAUGAUGGUAAAACUGGUGAAUUUGUUAAAAAAAUUGGUGAAGGUAAACAUGAUGGUGGUAUUUUUGCUAUAAGUUGGAUUAAUGAAGAAAAAUUUGUUACAUCUUCAGCAGAUGCUACAAUUAAAUUAUGGAAUGUUAAAGAUGGUGAAUUAUUGAAAACUUGGACAUUAGAUAGAAAAUUAGAAAAUCAACAAGUUGGUGUUAUUGCCACUGAAAAAUAUAUUAUUGGAUUAUCCUUUUCUGGUGAUUUAAAUUAUUUCACUGAAGAUUCAGAAACACCUGUUAAAACUAUUCAAGGUCAUCAAAAAUCGAUUACUGCUUCAACUUUAACAUCUAAUGGAUUAAUAACUGGUAGCUAUGAUGGUAGAAUUAGUAAAUGGGAUUUAAAAACAAGUUCAGCAACUUAUGAACCAGGUCAUUCAAAUUUAAUUGCAGGUUUCGCUAAUGUUGAUAAUGAUUCAGUUUAUUCAGUUGGUUGGGAUGAUACUAUAAAAUCAUUAGAUGGAUCUAAAUCAUCAUCAUUACCAGGUCAACCAAAAGGUGUUUCAUCAUCAGAGAAUCUUGUUGCUAUUGUCACUGAAGAAGAACUUGUUGGGUUUUCAAAAGGUUCAGAAAUUUUUAAAGUUUCAUUACCAUCAACUGCAACUUCAGUUGGUGUUUCACAAGAGUAUAUUGCAGUUGGAUUCCAAAAUAAUAACAUUAUUUUAUUUAACUCAUCAAUAGGUUCAAAAGAAUUUGACUUACCACCAACAAGAGCUUCACCAAGUUAUUUAUCAUUUUCACCAAACGGUGAAUCUUUAGCAGUUGGUGAUGUUUCAGGUAAGAUUAUCUUGUAUAACGUUACCAAAAGGGAAAUUCAAACUUCAAGAUGGGUUUUCCAUACAGGUCGUAUAAAUUCCAUUUCAUGGAAUAAAGACAAUAAUAAAGUUGUUAGUGGAUCAUUAGAUACAAAUAUUAUUGUUUAUCAAGUUGAUAAACCAAUUAAAAAUUUUAAAUUCUUAGGUGCUCAUAAAGAUGGUGUUAAUACAGUGGAAUGGAUUAAUGAAAAUGAAAUCAUUAGUGGUGGUAAUGAUUCUACAUUAAAAAAAUGGAUAUUAAAAGCUUGA